UUUUCCCCGUUCGCACGGUCCCCGUCGCGGCACACCGAUUUUUUCGCGACGACCGGAAUUUCGCGUGAACGGACGUUCGGUGCGCAAAAAAAUCGCCGGCGCGUACUUUCAGAGAUAUCCGAGCUGACGGUUUCCGUUUCGACAGUUUUCGCCUGGCAUGGCGGACGCCUGCCUCUGACCCAAGCCGAUACGAACGUCUCACCGCAACUUCGAUAAUUAUUUUCUCUAUCUUCCCGCACUCUGGCGCUUCCGAAUCCACCAGAAUAUCGAAGCAGAUUUUUCCCCGCAUCCGAUAGACACCGUGGACCGCGUCUCCGACCGCCACCCACCGCGGAAUUAAAUCUGGGUUGUCUCUCAUUCGUCUGUGCUUCACGCCGUUGAUCUCAAAAUUAUUUUAAGUUUCUAUAUUUGUUUAUUACAACAACAAUGUCCGACGACGCUUCAUCGACGAAACGCGGACGCAAGUCCAACGCCGAGAAAGCCGAGAAGGUCGACGCCAAGAAGCGCGGCAGGAAAGAGGUGAAGCCGGCUGAAAGCGGUGAUAACGAUGCCGACGGUCCUACGCCGGCGAAGAGGGGACGUGGUAGGCCUAGAGGAUCCACCAAGAAGAAGGCCGUCGUAGCCAAACCCAAAGGCAAAUCUACAGGUCGUCGUGGCAGACCAAAGAAGGAGGAACCAAAAGACUCUGCGGACGAAGACGGCGAGGAGAACGAUGUAAAUGAAGACGAGGAUGAUUAAGUGUGUUCGUUUAAAUAUUUUUCAAUACAUAAAAUAAUAACAGCAGCAAGAGAAGAAGAAUAACAAAAGGAAACAAACAUUAUUUUCGAUAUGAUUGAAGGUCGCCGUUCUUUAAUGACGAGUGUUCUUGAAUCUCUUCGUGUGCCAUCAGAUACAAAAUUCAUUUAUAUAUAUUAAAAAAAAAACGAAACGAAACCAAACUGAAUGCAAACGACAUCGUCGCGACUUUUGAUCAUAUCCACGAUCAUUUUAUAAUUAUUACAAACAAAAAAAAUAGUAUAUAUAUAUAUUGUAAGUUUAAAAAAA